AUGAAAUCUCUUGAAAAUGUGACCGGCGAAGGAAUGUCGUUUAGCGAAGCCUUGGACUCCCUCGAUUUAUUUCCUCGCGUGGAACAAGACAAAGAUGCAAGUAAAACACGCGAGACGUCAUUUUUCGGUCAAAGCACACUUAAUCUAAAAGAGGGCACAAACUACGCGCUCAGGAUUCCGGAGCUAUCUUCGCGACCAGUAGAUGUUCUAUUGGAAUCUUUGCCAGAGCUACAAACUGCAGCUCGAUUACAAAAGCAAGACGCAUGUUCAUCAAAUGAAAAUAAUCAAACUAGCGACUCUCUUAGUAUGAAGUCGAGUCAAGAUCCUAUUUCCGAAACCCCACCUUCAAUUUGGGAGGCCGUGUUAAAUUAUAAGGAGCAUGGACAAAUGAUAUCCUGGGAGUCGAUUGGAAAAUCUAAACCGAGCAUGAACAAAGCAUCACCCUAUUUAACGGAGGCGGACAUAUCAACGUAUGAGGCUGUGUGGCAUAACCAUUUUCAUCAUGAAUUCUCUUAUGGGAAUACCGGUGUUGCCGUGGCUCAAGAGCUUUUGGUUCAGAACAUUUUAAAUUUGAUUAUUGGCAUACCCUCGAAUUUAUUUUCUUAUGAUCCAAUCAAAAGGAUUUUUAGUCCAAAGAUACCAAACAUUCGUAUACGAGGUUGCAGCGCUAGAAGUACGAAUAUGAUGAUGAGUCGAUUUUUGAACCUCGGUACUCACAUCAAACGCCUGGAAAACACAGCCGAGCGUUGUAUGAAAGCUGCUUCUUUGUAUGGUUUGACGGGGGUCGCUUUUGGCCGGUCCCUGGCCUCCUUUAUUCUGCUCAUACGCAAAUCUCUAGUCGCAAUGUCUGAAAAAAAUAAUGCGACAGAUCACACUAUAAUUGUUGGUUUGUACCACGUCAUUGAUGAAGUUUCGUUGAUAGAUGUUUCAAAUACCGGAUCUGCUGAACUAUCAGCUGAACAAAGUGCGCAAUUAAAAAAAGAAGGUUUUUAUUUGCCAUUUGGCUCAGGCAUAUUAUCGGAGAUUUAUUCUACUGCAGAGUCGGUAGAUUCCACCCGCUCUCCUUUCCUUAAAUGUACUUUGUUGGCAUUUUUGAAACAUUCCAGUGAACCAUUUUUCCAAAUGCUGAGUUCGUGGCUUGGAGUAUCGGCGUCGUCAGCUCAUGCUCCAUUACCUAUUGACGCACCAAAGGGCGAUUUUCACGAUCCGUAUAAGGAGUUCUUUAUAGUUAACUUUGAAAUAGACGCUUCAUUUGUGAAGCACGAUGGAAAUUGCUUCUGGCAAGAUGGAAUACAAGUUAGCGAUAAGAAUCCCCUGCCAAUUUUUAUUGACACGGGACUUGCGCGUGACGUUUUGGAAGCUGGAAAAUCUCUGAGAUUGUUACGAGAUUGUCGUCCGAAUCAUCCGUUAUGCCAAGCAAGUACCAUGUUAGACCCCCUAACCAGUAAACCAAUUUGGAGCACAAACAUGAAAUGGCUUUUCAUUCAAGGAGACAUUGACGA